AUGAUAUUCAAGUACUACCAGCACAUCCUGGCCUUCGUGUUUGCCAUCAAGGAGCUCAACAAGGAUCCCGCCCUCCUUCCCAACACAACACUCGGCUUCCACAUCUAUGACCACAGUGGCAUCAUGAGAAGAAUCCACUUGAACAGCCUCUCUCUGCUUUCCACUCGGGGGCAAAUGGUUCCCAAUUAUAAGUGUGACAGGAAAGAUCAACUGCUGUCCAUUAUUGGGAGUCUUGACUCCAAAUCCUCAAGGGAGAUCGCAUCCUUAAUGGGCAUCUACAAGAUCCCACAGAAGGCACCAUUUGGAAGGUGUGUGAAAAGGUGCUCUCCGGGGCAGCAGAGAAAAGUUCCAGAGGGAAAUCCACUUUGUUGCUACAGAUGUGAUCGUUGUCCAGAAGGGACAAUUUCUAACCAGACAGAUGCAGAUCAGUGUGACCUGUGCCCAGAAGAUCAACACCCAAACAGGAACCAAGACCAUUGUAUCUCUAAAAAGAUCCACUUCCUUUCCUAUCAAGAGACAUUGGGGUCGAUUUUAGCUUCUCUGGUUGUUUUCCUCUCUCUGAUCACAUCUCUAGUACUUGCAACCUUCAUUAAACACUGUGACACACCAAUCGUCAAAGCCAACAACCGAGACCUCAGCUACAUCCUCCUCAUCUCCCUCCUGCUCUGCUUCCUCUGCUCUUUCUUAUUCAUCGGUCAACCCAAAAAGGUCACCUGUCUUCUGCGACAAACUGCUUUUGGUAUCACCUUCUCUGUUGCUGUUUCUUCUGUAUUGGCAAAAACUGUGACAGUGGUUCUGGCCUUCAUGGCCACCAAGCCAGGAAACAUGGUACGAAAACUCUUGGGAAGACAACUGACAAACUCCAUUGUCCUGGUCUGUCCCCUCAUCCAAGCAAUAGUCUGUUCUGGCUGGCUGGUAACCUCUCCUCCAUUCCCAAACUUGGACUUCCAUUCCCUGGCUGGACAGAUCAUAGUGGAAUGUAAUGAAGGAUCGGUCACCAUGUUUUACACUGUCCUGGGUUACAUGGCCUUCCUGUCUCUCACCAGCUUCUUGGUAGCUUUCCUAGCAAGGAAAUUGCCUGACAGCUUCAAUGAAGCCAAGUUCAUCACCUUCAGCAUGUUGGUGUUUUGCAGCGUUUGGGUCUCCUUUGUGCCAACCUACCUGAGCACCAAG